AUGAAACUUUUUCUACCACUUAUUUUAGUAUUGCUUUAUCCAAAUCGCGAAGCAUCUUGUUUCGGACUGUAUGAUUAUGUAUCUGACAAAGUUAACGAAUUUAAAAAUUCUAUAAUAGGUGUAUUUACUUCAAUUAGUGAUAAAUUUGAUUUAUUUAUGUCUACACUCGUAGAAGAUAAAGGUCCAGCGCUCGGACUUAUUGGAUUCAAUUCUAAAUGCGUUAAAUCCUUCAGUGAGUUUGUGGUUGAAGAAGCAGCAAAAAGUGAAGUGGAGUUCCCUGAAUAUUACAGCUUGAGAUCGGAACCAACGGCACUUAUGUCAACACCUCAAUUAGCAACGUUGCAUGGUAAAAGAGUAGAAUCGCAUAUAGUCGUUACUGAUGAUGGUUAUUUGUUAACAAUCCAUCGAAUAAGAAUACCAAAAUUAGUAAAAAGGAAAAACAAAAGUAAUAAAUCGAGUUUUACAAUUUUGAUGCACCAUGGGCUAUUAGGCAGUUCUGCCGAUUGGAUUUUAUUAGGACCGAAAAAAUCUUUACCGUAUAUACUAUCUAAUGCAGGAUACGACGUAUGGUUGACAAACGCAAGAGGAAACUAUUAUUCUAGAGGACAUACUUCAUUGAAGGUUGAUUCUUUAGAAUAUUGGAAUUUUUCCUGGGAACAAAUGGGUUCCGACGAUUUACCUGCCGUUGUCAAUUACAUAAAAAAGAUUAAAAAUAGUACAGAACGAUUAACCUUUAUUGGGCAUUCUAUGGGAGCAACAGCUUUUCUUGCAAUGCUAUCCGCGGAUCCACGUUAUAAUGAUUACUUUAAAAUGGGUAUAUUAUUGGCACCUUUAGUAUACAUGACUAAUAUAAUGGGACCUAUAAGAACUCUUGCAGCAGUAGCCAAAAGUCCUCCACUGGAGUUGGUGAACAUUCUAGGCCGAGGGGAAUUUCUACCGAGCAGAGUAGUCCCACUUUGGAUUGCAAACAAAUAUUGUAAGGGUCCCGAUAUAUAUUGUAUUAAUCCUUUGAUAUUUCUCAGUGGUAGUAUACCUAAAGAAAAUUCAUGGAGUAAAAAUUUUACCGCGAGGGUAUUGUACCACGUGCCUGCAGGGGGUUCAACGAAUACAAUUCUGCAUUAUGCUGCAAUGGUAAAAGCUGGAACAUUUCAAGACUAUAAUAAUGAAGAAUUUCCUUUACACCGUAUUAGUGUACCAAUUGCCAUAUUCAGUUCCGAUAGUGAUUGGCUAGCUACAAAAACUGAUGUUCGUCUAUUAUAUUUAAAAAUUCCUAAGCCUAUAAAUCACUAUGUUAUACAAGAAGCAAAUUUUUCUCACACUGACUUUGUUUGGCAUCCUGAAGGAGACCAUUUAGUAUUUUCAAAGGUUGUUGAAUGUGUGGAAAAUGACUUGAAUUCUUUUGAACAUAAGAAUUGA